CUGCCUCCAGGCCUUUUUUUUUUUUCCCGCGCAGCCUCCCCUGGGAGGAGCUUCGUCGCCCAAGUGUCCCCCGCCACGCUGCCUUCUUCCUUCCUUCCUAACUUGGUGUCAGGCCCGGGCCGCCGGGGUCCCCCCCUCCUCCAGGGCCCGGGGACAGUGGUGGCCCAGAGGGCCAGUCCUUCUGCCUCCCCUCCGCUCGCCCACGGGCUACCUGGCACGCGUGGGGCGGGACCGCCCGGGCCCCCCCCACCCCCCCGAGGAGCAGGCGCUGAGGAGAUUGGUGGAGGAGGAGGAGGAGUUGGGGAAGAUGGAGGUGGACGAAGCGGGGGCUGUAGACGACGCCCCACUUCCUGGGGAGGGGGUGAAGCGGCCCCUCAGCCCUCCCAGCUCGCCUGAAGUAGUGCGCUCUAAGAAGAAGCGGAGGUUCAACUCCGAGUCAGAGCACAGCUCAGAUGACUCGGAUCUCGGUCCCCAGGCCACGCAGCUGCUUGGCAGCUCCUCCCUCCCGGCUACCAAGAGCACCCUAGCAGUGGGAGAGAUGAAGAAAGGCCUAACUAAGAAAGGAGUUAAACAGGCUGCGGUGGAGAGCAAAAAUCCAUCCUUGAAGAAGUCACCAAAGGAGGACCAAACUAGUGAAGAGGAGCAGAAUGGGAAACUGAAGGGAACAGGCAGAGCAGUGAAGAAUGAGAGCAGGAAGCCCAAGGGCAGUCAGGGAAAAAAGCAGAAGGGACUGACGAGGAGGAAGGGAGCAAAAAUGGAGAGUGAAAGCAGUGAGGAUGAGCAGGGGGAGGACAACAGGAAGAGAAGACAGGCAGUUGAGAAGAAGGGAGCAAAACAAGGUCUGGAGAAUGAGAGGGAGGAGGAGGAGGAAGAAGAAGGCGGUAAAAGCCUGGUCAGGAAGCAACAUAUGGGGAAAUUAGUGAGAGAAGAAAACAGGGGAGAGGUGGAGAAUGGUGAGAGCAAAGAGAGUGAGGAGGAAGAGAGCAGUAAGAGGAAGGGCGGGGAUAAGAAAAAGGGAGCAAAAACCCCAGUGGAGGAAGAAACAAGUAGCGAAGAGGAGGCAAGUGGAGAAAACUGUACUAAGUGGAAGAACCCUGGAGCAAAGGAAAAAAAGAACAGAAGCAGAGCCAGGAAAGGGGGAAAGAAGAGUACAUCUGAGAGCGAGAGUAGUGAGGAAGAGGAGGAGGGAGGUGACAAGCAGAAGAGAGGUUCUGGAAAGAAAGGAAAGAAAAUGGCAGAGGAGGGCAGUGAAGAUGACAGCAGUCCAGGAGUGAAGAAGGGAACAAGAAAGAUCUCGAGGGAGAAGAGUAAUAAUGAAGAAUGCGGCAGCAAUGGCAAGAAGAAAGGCCAGGCUGGGAAGAAGGGAGCAAAGAAGUCAUGGGAGACUGAAAGCAGUCAAGGAGAAGAGAGGAGCGAGGAGGACAGAGAGAGGGGAAGUGCAGGCGGGAAGAGGGGAGCCAGAGAGACAGAGAAUGAACGGGAGAGGACAAGUAGUGAUGAAAGUAGCGAGGAGACAGGCCGUGUGGGGAAGAAGGCUGAAGAGAAAUCACAGAAAAGCGACAGUGAGAAAGGCGACAGCUCCGAUGAGAAAGAAAGUGACGACGACGGGAAAAAGACAGAUGUGCCCAAGAAGGACGGAGAAGGAGCCUCCUCCUCCUCCUCCUCCCGAAACAGUAGUCCCCAACCCAAAAAGAAGGCCUCCCGCCGUGGAGAGGAUCACCCUGCAGUGGUGCGGCUAAAGCGCUACAUCCGGGCCUGUGGGGCCCACCGCAACUACAAGAGGUUGCUGGGAUCUUGCCGCUCUCACAAAGAACGGCUCACUGUGCUCCGGGCCGAGCUGCAAGCCUUGGGCGUGAAGGGUAAUCCCUCCCUGGAGAAGUGCCGAGCCGUAAAGGAGCAGAGAGAAGAGGCGGCCGAGAUGGCGUCCCUGGAUGUCAGCAACAUCAUCAGCACCUCAGGCCGGCCCCGCCGCCGGGCUGCCUGGCCCCCUUCUCGAGAGGCCGACCCAGGGGCCCGCGCUCGCCCGGCGCUGGACUCGGACGGGGAGGACCCGCCGUCUCGCCCCUUGCCUCCCGAUUGGUCCAACCUGCGUGGCAUUAUCAGCAGCGAUGGGGAGAGCGACUGAAUAGGAAGGGGGUUGCCAAGGGACAGAUUCCAGCAGCCGCCGACGAGCGGGGGGAGGCCUUCGGACAGAACGCAGCCCGUCUCCGAACACGGCCACGGCCGACGUUCGGGCAGAACUUGCGUUGCGCUACUCUCGUGUCACACGCCGGGCACAGCCGGCUCUUGCGACACGAGGCCGCACGGCAUCCAGACCGGCUCGUUUUGCAGGAAGAACGUUCCGUAAUCCUUUGCCGGCGUCCUAACCGGAACGUAUAACGAGCACGCGGUGGGACGCAACUGUGUGUAUAGAACCGCCCUUGGGGCUGUAUAUAUAUAUAUGUAUGUGCCUUGCCCCCCCGGGGCCGGGGAUCGCCAGGGGAAAGGUUCUGGUGAAGCAGGAGAGAGAGGGAGCUACGCCAAAACAGCUCUAUCAGGUUUGGCCUCUGGUCCCUCGGGUUCGGGGCGGAGGGUUGUAAUUUUGUAAGCCUCAAAUAAAUGACUUUAUCAUUUGAAGCCA